CGAAUUAAGUAUGUUGCAGCAACUUUGUCGAAGAUCGAUGUUAGCCCGGCUAACGGAUGCAAAUAUCUUCAUGUCAUGUAGAGACCACUUCCAGAGUGCAUUGUUCAAAGGGCCUGAAGAAUCGGGUGUCCCCGAUAAGGGCUCAGCUGAGCCACCGGUGUACCCAAUUCGAUUGGGGUCAGACUUACGAGAAAAUAUGUGCAAGACCGGUGUGUAUAUCAUUCUUGGCCUGUCUCGCACACAAGAAUGAUAUUUACCAGCGUGCCAGGCCGGGCCUGUGUCACAUAUUUUAAUAUUUUUUAUUAUACUGAGCAAGACCGGUGUAGUAACCAGCGUGCCAGGCCGGGCCUGUGUCUCAGUCUUCCUCUUUUUUUUAAUACUGAGCAAGACCGGAGUUGUAACCAGCGUACCAAGCUCGGCUUGUGUCUCAGUCUUCCUUCCUUUCUUUGCAAAGAAAUGUCCUCCAAUCUUCACUUUAUUUCACCUCCCACUUUAUCAAAAAGGGUGAAGAAUUUACCACAUGCAACUCUCUCCCUUGUCUCGUUCUUUUGGAUGUGAGAUUGAAUGAGCUGGAGUUCAAUUAUCCAAGGGAGGCAACAACUGUAGACAUUAGCGCCAGAGAUGGAAUUUUACAGCGGCGAUGGGGGAUGGAUCUCGGCAACUUAGCAGUGGUGACGGUAGGUUGAGAUUUGACCAAGGCGGACAUCACUAGCGGCGACGUCAGAUUUUAUUGGAACAUUUCCUCUAAUGGUGGAUGGCGUGCUUGAAGUGUGAAUUCGAGCUGAGAGAAUUGAGAAGAAGGUGCUUCCAUGGUGGUGCUGCCACUGAGGUGCCGCCCAUCUCUGAACACCUUUCGUGCGCUUUGUCCCCUUGCUCUUGCCCCUUGGUGGAAAAAUUUAGCUAACUGUUUCUUUAUGGCAGCGGUGGUCUUCUCCUGCGAGGUCAUCAAUUUGGGCAUUGAUGGCGUCGUCGUCACUAGUUUUUCUCCAACAGCGAUGGAGGCAAAAUCUGGCGGCAAUGGAUUCAAAGUCAAACCUGCGAGUCUGAGCCACGAAGGCGGCAGACUACACGUUGUACCUAGGGCGGCGGACACGGAGGCCAGAGAUGGCAACGACUGAAAGGACAGUGGAGUGACACGGAGGCCAGAGAUGGCAACACGCUGUACCUUGACGCCGCCUUCGCCUCCUCCUCCGUGUAGGGGUCCCACGGGUGGCGCCAAAAUGAUGGUGUAAAUUAUCGACCGGUAUACCGUUUUUAGCUCGGCUAAAACGAUAAACUAGUCUAAAAAUACACCAAAAUAUAAACACGGAGAUUUUGACGUGGAAACCCAAAUCGGGAGAAAACCACAGGCCUUUUUUGGCGCUUCAAGAGAUCCAAUAGUAGUGUGCUCUACUAGAUUCAGAUUGAAUAAGUGGGGAGGAUAAAAUAACUAAAUAAUUUGAAUUUAAAUAAGAGGUGAAAUGAAAUAACACCACCAGAAUGUUAAGAGUGGCAACAACUAACAUUUACACAGCAUAUACAAGUCCUGGAAUAGCUUUUAGAAAGACAACUGUGGCAUUUGAAGACUUCCUCAUCAAGUGGAGUGCAUUCCAAGUUUCCAACAGCUUCAUAAACAAUAUGUCCAUAGGGAACCUAUAUGAAAAAAAAGAAACAAGAAUAAAACUGAUUUCAUGAAAAAGAUGCACUCUUAUGAGAUUUGAAUUAAGAAACUUAUUUCCAUAUAUAUCUCACUAUGGAUACUCCCAAGAAAAAAGUGACUAACAACUUAGGCGUUGUUUGUUUCAGCCUCUUAAUGGUUCAGAUGUCUGAAUGGUUCAGCACUUAAUGGUUCAGACUAUUUGUUUCAGCCUCUUAAUGGUUCGGAUGUCUGAAUGGUUAAGAGAUUUGCCUCUGAAUGGUUAAGUAUUAUACAGAGUCUGAAUGGUUAAGACCUCUUAUCUGAAUUGAUCAGACAUUUGCCUCUGAAUAGUUAAGCAAUAUACUAGCUCUUAAUGGUUCAGACCUCUUACUGGUUCAGCACUUAAUGGUUCAGACCUCUUAUUGGUUCAUCACUUACAUAUUCAGAAGUUGCCAAACAGUCCCUUAGAAUCACAUAGAAUAAACGUUUACCUCUGCU